AUGGGAGAAAUAAUUGAGGAAAAAAGAACAGAUCUGGGAAAAGUUGUGGGAAGAGAAGGAACAGGAAAAACAGAGGAAGAUGCAGUGGGUAACAGAUGCUCACAUGCACAACGAUAUGACCCGGAAAAGAUCCAAGUUGAAAUUCAAGUAUUUCUCAAUUCAAGGAGACAGAGAGACACACCUCAGCGAGGUUUAAAAGGCCAUACUUUCGGAGGCAACAAAGUGCGUGGCCUUAUCCCCUCGCCGCUUCUUCUUCUUCUUCCCAACACAAACAUGGCUUCUUCUUCCACCAUACCUCUCUCUUCUUCCAUUUCCAUAUUCAAAACCCCGUCUCUCCAAUUCCUCAGAAGACCAACCACCUCCGUUUCUUUCAACACUCUUACCAGUAACGCCACACUCUCUUCCGUUCCUUCUGCCAUUGCCACCCCCACUUCUUCCAUUCUCACCCAACAACCCUUCCAGGGUUUAACUCUGGAGGACGUUGACAAUCACCACCAAUUUGGCGAUGAACGCCAACCGGACACCACCCCUCUCCACGAACUCGACAUUUCCAAGUUGUCUUUACCUUCCUCCCUCGUCCAAGCCCUACAAAAACGUGGAAUCACCAGCCUCUUCCCCAUUCAGAGAGCUGUGUUGCUGCCUGCACUAGAAGGUAGAGAUAUCAUUGCUCGAGCAAAGACUGGCACUGGCAAAACAUUAGCAUUCGGAAUUCCAAUUCUCAAAGGCCUUACUGAUGAUGAUGAACAAAGUUCUCACAGGAGGCAUGGGAGACUUCCUAAAGCCUUGGUCCUAGCACCUACUAGGGAGUUGGCCAAGCAAGUUGAGAAGGAGAUACAAGAAUCUGCACCUUACCUGAAAACGGUUUGUGUUUAUGGGGGUGUUUCUUAUGUAACACAGCAGAGUGCGCUUUCGCGUGGUGUUGAUGUGGUGGUUGGAACUCCGGGUAGAAUUAUCGAUCUAGUGAAUGGAGAUAGCCUUAAACUGAGUGAGGUUCAGUAUUUGGUGCUUGAUGAAGCUGAUCAGAUGCUUGCUGUUGGGUUUGAGGAGGAUGUGGAGGUCAUUUUGGAUAAGGUCCCCUCGCAGCGCCAGACCAUGCUAUUUUCUGCUACCAUGCCUGGUUGGGUCAAGAAACUGUCCAGAAAGUAUUUGAAGACUCCUUUGACAAUUGAUUUGGUUGGCGAACAAGAAGAGAAACUUGCCGAAGGGAUCAAACUUUAUGCUUUAUCAGCCACUGCCACUUCAAAACGGAUAGUUCUUUCUGAUCUUAUAACUGUUUAUGCAAAGGGUGGAAAGACUAUUGUUUUUACGAAGACAAAAAAGGAUGCUGAUGAAGUAUCAUUGGCAUUAACGAGUAGUAUAGCUUCUGAAGCACUGCAUGGUGAUAUAUCUCAGCAUCAGAGAGAGAGAACAUUGAAUGGUUUUCGCCAAGGGAAAUUCACAGUGCUUGUUGCCACUGAUGUUGCUGCUCGUGGACUUGAUAUUCCCAAUGUUGAUUUGGUUAUACACUAUGAACUUCCCAAUGAUGCUGAGACUUUUGUUCAUCGUUCUGGUCGUACUGGGCGUGCAGGAAAAGAGGGUACAGCCAUUUUGAUGUACACCAGUAGCCAGAGGAGAACAGUUAGAUCCCUUGAGCAUGAUGUUGGCUGCAAAUUUGAUUUUAUUAGUCCACCAGCUAUGGAAGAAAUUUUGGAGUCAUCAGCUGAGCAAGUUGUUGCUACACUUAAUAGAGUUCAUCCAGAAUCUGUUGAAUUUUUCACUGCAACUGCAGAAAAACUGGUUGAAGAACAAGGAGCAAGGGCCCUUGCUGCUGCUCUGGCACAGAUGAGUGGAUUCUCUCGACCUCCAUCAUGUCGGUCUCUUAUCAAUCAUGAACAGGGAUGGAUUACAUUGCAACUGACUCGAGAUUCAGAUACUUCUGGAAGAUUAUUUUCUGCAAGAUCUGUUACUGGGUUUCUUUCUGAUGUUUAUUCUCCUGCUGCUGAUGAAGUCGGAAAAAUACAUUUAAUUGCAGAUGAGAGGAUUAAAGGAGCUGUUUUUGAUCUUCCGGAGGAAAUUGCUAAAGAGUUACUCAAAAAGGAACUGCCAUCUGGAAACACUAUUUCCAAAACCACCAAGUUACCUCCUUUGCAAGACGAUGAACCUGCAAGUGAUUUCUAUGGAAAGUUUUCUGACAGAGACAGAAGUAACCGAAGAGGUUCUAAUUCUAGGGAUCAAAGAGGUUUUAAAAGUUCACGGGGAUGGGAAGGAGGCCAAGACACUGAUGAUGAGUUUGGACGAGGCGGUAGAAAUUUCAGAUCAGGCAACAACAGGUCUCGAAUGGGUAAAAACAGUGGCGAUGACUGGCUAAUUGGAGGUGGACGAUCAAACAGGUUUUCAUCAUCAAACAGAGGCGGGCACGGAGGGGCAUGUUUUAAUUGUGGACAACCUGGCCAUCGAGCAUCAGAUUGUCGCAACAAACGAAACUUUUUCUAG